AUGGCUGCACAUAUCUACCACUCCCGCCGUGAAGAUGGGAGCUUCUUUCGUCAUGAGCUGCGCCAAUCGAGCAAUGCGUCCGUUUCGGAAUCGCGCUUCCUCAAGGCACCUGCUGAGAUCCGAAUGAAGAUAUAUCGCUACCUGCUAGUCGCCGACCGUGGUAUGCGUCUCGAAAAGUCCACGCGCGCAAAGUGUCUGCUUGUGUGCAACAAUGAUGCUGCCGAACACCCCGGAGACGGAGUGCAGAUUUUACGUACCUGCAGAUUCAUCUACCGGGAAGCAACCGCAGUGUUGUACUCGGAGAACAAGUUCUCAUACGCGGAGACCUCUGAUUCCCUCUCAAGCAUAGGUGCUGGGUGGUUGACGCGGACCGGGUCCUUCAACAACUUCAACAUAGGCUUCAUCAAGAGCCUGACCUUACGAAUCGCCACUAGAACCUGUAACAUGCCUGGUAUUGAAGGUCGGGUGGCGCGUGAACGAGCGUGGACAACGAUGGCAUUCAGACUCGCAGAAAACCUACCCGAUCAGCUCCAACACAUCACCGUCGGCCGCACCUGGCCUUGUUGGCGUCGUAAGAACAAAUUCUACCCUCGCGAUCAGACAAUAUCUCGUGGAAGCAGAUCCAGAAUUCUCCUCCUGGCCUCCAUCAUUACGAAGAUGCACCCAAGGAUCAAAAAGGCCGUGUGGCUGGCGGACAAUGGCCUGAAGUACAUCGACGAACAAGCAUUCUGCACCAACCAAGAUAUACAUCCGCACAACGCGAUACAGGGCACUCAAUGGCAGUAUGUCGACAAGAAAGACAUCGUCUUCGACUGUGGUAGAAUACGUGCUCUGAACCGGAAGGAGCGAAACUUGCACGACGAGCAGGAUUUUGCUCUACCAGACGAUGCCUUGUCGUCGGAGCUCGGCACGGAGAACCUGGACGAGCUGGGUGACUCGUACCUGGAGGCGUACAAGGAUGGCUACUUGAGUCGUCCAAGUCUGGUCGGGGACGACAUGGAGUGA